ACCGGAUAGGGUGAAAGAAUGUCGAGAAGAUAUAAUAAAGGUAUUGGAUCAUUACAACAUCAUCAUAACGCUACUGCAUAUCAAAAUUUAAGCAAUACUAUCAAUGAUAAUCAAUUACAAGCUGUGAAACAACAAUUAGACGUAUUUAAAGACUAUUUAAAAGAAUUCUCUAUAAAACAUCGUAAAGAUAUUGAAUCAAACGUUGAAUUUAGGAAUAGAUUCACUCAAAUGUGCGCCACUAUCGGUGUCGAUCCUCUCAACAUAGCCAGAGGUAGUUUAUUUAGUAACUUAACAGGUAUCUCAGAUUUCUAUCUAAGUUUGGCUGUCCAGUUGGUUGAUAUGUGUAUUUCUACAACAACUCUCACUGGUGGUCUUGUUAGACUAUCAGAUAUACUCAAAGCACUUUCAAUUAAGAGAAAUACAGAGAUUACGUUGAGCGAUAUUCAAAAAGCAAUUAAAAUUCUUCAGCCAUUGCACGAUAAUCAACAUCUUUAUGAGAUUAUACCAAUUAAUCAAAUACUAUACCUUCGUUCACAACCAAAGGAGCUAAAUAAUGAUCAAAUGUUGUUGCUCACCUCUGCUUCUACUAAUAAUGGCUGGGUUGAUCAGUCUCUACUUCAGUCUAACGGUUGGUCAAUCGAUAGAGCUAGAAACUCAUUAAGACAGGCUGUCAUGGAUGAUGGCAUUGUUUGGAUUGAUAAUCAAGAACCUCAAAUCAAAUACUACUUCCCUGCAUUAUUUCAAGGUGUCGUUAACACUGUUGUAUAAAUACUAUGCAUGCAUUAUGUUAUUAUAAUUUUACUUCAGCAGCUGGUAGAUUUUUACCAAGCCAAUCGAUAUCCAUUAACCAAUCUAAUAGUCCCUGAUCACCGUCAUAUACUUGUGAUUGAAUGUAUACUUCUUCUGCUGUUAUUGCACGUAUACGCGGAAGAGAGUGAGUCAAAUAUUGUAUUAGAGAUUUCUUGGCCGCUUGAUAAUCAUAUUUAUAAAACAGCGUCGCAACAAUUUUCAUUCCGAUUGUUAUUCUAUUGAUUACUUUCGAUUUUUGACAAUAUUUAGAAUUGAAUGCGACAAUCUCUGACAGAUCAUCACAACAAACAUCUCUUUCAUCAAGGACGACAAACAGCGUGUUAGCUAACCCAGUAAAGAAACUUGUUUUCGUGUUGCUUUCGGAUAACAUGAUCGACCGCUUAACGACGUCAUCUAGAAGAUUAUCCGCGAGACCAAGUAUAGCCAUCCUAGAAUUAUAAACAGAUAUUUCAUUUUUACUUAUAAGAGCUAAUCCUAAGCCCAUGAGUAUAUCAUCUCUUAACUUUGACUCCUGCUGGUAGAGUGUAACUACAUGUUCAAAGAUCUUCGAAGAUGAGUACACAUCUUCUGUGUCUUUCCUUGUAUUAUAGAAGAAAUCACGUAAAGAAUUGGUCGUUUGAGUGUCAUUGAUUAGCUUUUUAUCAAUCAUAUUCUCUAACUCUUCAAUGGCGACCCAACGACUAGUGUAGAUAUUAUCGAGACUGAUUCCUACGAGUCUACUGACAACUUUAUCCACAAAGGAUGGCUCUACGUUCUCACUUAAGCAAAUAGUCAACCCUUUGGCACAAGACUGCCGAAUCCAUGCACCAACAUCACCCCUUUGGUCCAUACUAUAAUCCCAUAAACCAUUAUAAAGUGUCUGUAAGAUUGUGUGCUGUUGAGAAGUACAACUUGUGUACAAUUUAGACAACGAUUCGUAUGCAUUCAACCGACAUUCUACUACGGUUUUACUACUGACUAUACUAAGUAGACAAUUCAAGGAGACGUUUAAUAGUGUUACUUCAUUGUAAUAAAGGUAUCCUAGUGAGAGUGCUAUCGAUUGUUGGAAGAAUCCUUCAGAAGACUGGAAAUCAUCGAUCAUA